CCCGAGUCGGGGCUCCGCAGGCCACUCCCUGAGGGCGAGGGGAGGCCAGCUCGGGACACCAGGGGGCGCUCGGGGCGGUCGGGGAUCGGGCCCGGGCUGCGAAUGGGUGACCUUGGGCCAAAAGGGGGAGCCGCAUCCUUUGCGUGGCCGGCUGAGGAGCCCUGACGGCCCGCGGCCGGUGACCUCUGUUCUCCUCGGAUCCUCCUUGCUGGGAAAGAGGCUGGCUUCUGGCCUUGCCGUGUCCUGCUGGAACGUGGGAGAAAGGGUAGCCAGGGACCUUGCUCUGAGACCAGAUGAAGAAGCUGUGGUGGAUCAGGGUGGGACCAGUACAAUUCUCAACAUCCACUAUGAGAAAGAAGAGUUGGAAGGUCAUAGGACUCUGUACGUGGGGGUCCGGAUGCCGCUGGGCCGGCAGAGCCAUCGGCACCACCGAACCCAUGGCCAGAAGCAUCGGAGACGAGGGCGGGGCAAGGGAGCCAGCCAGGGGGAGGAAGGCCCCGAGGCCCUGGCCCAUGACACGCCAUCUCAGCGUGUUCAGUUCAUUCUUGGCACUGAGGAGGACGAAGAGCAUGUGCCUCACGAGCUGUUCACAGAACUGGAUGAGAUCUGCCUGAAAGAGGGAGAAGAUGCCGAGUGGAAGGAGACAGCCAGGUGGUUGAAGUUUGAAGAAGAUGUUGAGGAUGGGGGAGAGCGCUGGAGCAAGCCUUACGUCGCAACCCUUUCACUGCACAGUCUCUUUGAGCUAAGGAGCUGCCUUAUUAACGGAACGGUCCUUCUCGAUAUGCAUGCAAACAGCAUAGAAGAAAUCUCAGACCUGAUCCUGGACCAGCAGGAACUGUUCAGUGACCUGAAUGACAGCAUGAGGGUUAAAGUACGGGAAGCCCUUCUCAAAAAGCAUCAUCAUCAGAAUGAAAAGAAGAGAAAUAACCUCAUCCCCAUUGUUCGCUCCUUUGCUGAGGUUGGCAAGAAACAGUCUGAUCCACAUUCAAUGGAUAAACAUGGUCAGACUGUGUCUCCUCAGUCCGUUCCAACUACAAGUCUUGAAGUAAAAAAUGGAAUGAAUUGUGAACACAGUCCCGUGGACUUAAGCAAGGUCGACCUUCAUUUCAUGAAGAAAAUUCCCAGUGGGGCAGAGGCCUCGAAUGUCCUGGUUGGAGAGGUGGACUCUCUGGGCCGCCCCGUUGUCGCCUUUGUGAGGCUGUCUCCGGCAGUCCUUCUCUCGGGCCUGACAGAAGUGCCCAUCCCAACAAGAUUUUUGUUUAUCCUACUGGGUCCAGUAGGGAAAGGUCAGCAGUACCAUGAGAUUGGCAGAUCCAUGGCCACCAUCAUGACAGAUGAGAUUUUUCAUGACGUGGCAUAUAAGGCGAAAGAGCGGGACGAUCUCCUGGCGGGGAUUGACGAGUUCCUAGACCAGGUGACGGUGCUGCCUCCGGGGGAGUGGGACCCCUCCAUUAGAAUUGAGCCGCCCAAAAACGUCCCUUCCCAGGAGAAAAGGAAAAUGCCUGGAGUUCCAAAUGGAAAUGUUUGCCACAUAGAACCGGAACCACAUGGGGGCCACAGCGGGCCAGAACUUCAACGCACUGGGCGGCUGUUUGGGGGCUUGGUGCUGGACAUCAAGCGGAAGGCCCCCUGGUACUGGAGCGACUACCGGGAUGCACUCAGCUUACAGUGUUUGGCCUCCUUUCUGUUCCUGUACUGUGCCUGCAUGUCACCUGUCAUCACCUUUGGGGGAUUGCUCGGAGAAGCCACUGAGGGGCGCAUAAGUGCAAUUGAAUCCUUGUUUGGAGCCUCCAUGACUGGGAUUGCCUAUUCCUUGUUUGCCGGACAGGCUCUCACCAUCCUUGGAAGUACUGGGCCAGUGCUUGUGUUUGAAAAGAUUUUGUUCAAAUUCUGCAAAGACUAUGCUCUUUCAUACCUCUCCCUGCGAGCUUGUAUCGGACUGUGGACCGCCUUCCUGUGUAUUGUCCUUGUGGCAACUGACGCCAGUUCCCUUGUCUGCUACAUUACCCGCUUCACUGAAGAAGCGUUUGCCUCCCUGAUUUGCAUUAUUUUCAUCUAUGAAGCAAUAGAAAAGCUGAUUCACCUGGCAGAGACCUACCCCAUCCACAUGCACAGUCAGCUGGACCACCUCAGCCUGUAUUACUGCAGGUGUACUCUCCCAGAGAACCCAAACAAUCACACCUUACAGUACUGGAAGGACCACAACAUCGUGACAACAGAAGUCCACUGGGCCAACCUGACUGUUAGUGAGUGCCAGGAGAUGCAUGGAGAGUUCACGGGCUCUGUGUGUGGCCACCAUGGACCCUAUACUCCCGAUGUGCUCUUUUGGUCCUGCAUUCUAUUCUUCACCACCUUCAUCCUCUCCAGCACCUUGAAGACAUUUAAGACAAGCCGCUAUUUCCCAACCAGAGUCCGCUCCACGGUGAGUGACUUUGCUGUUUUCCUCACUAUCUUCACAAUGGUGAUUGUUGAUUUUUUGAUUGGAAUCCCAUCACCAAAGCUUCAAGUUCCCAGUGUGUUCAAGCCAACACGGGAUGAUCGAGGGUGGAUUAUUAGUCCCAUUGGCCCCAAUCCCUGGUGGACUGUGAUAGCUGCAAUUAUCCCAGCUCUUCUCUGCACUAUCUUGAUAUUCAUGGACCAGCAGAUCACAGCUGUCAUCAUUAACAGGAAGGAACACAAGCUCAAGAAAGGAUGUGGCUACCACCUGGACCUGCUGAUGGUGGCCGUCAUGCUGGGUGUCUGCUCCGUCAUGGGCCUGCCCUGGUUUGUGGCUGCAACUGUCCUGUCCAUCACACAUGUGAACAGCCUCAAACUGGAAUCUGAGUGCUCUGCCCCUGGAGAACAGCCCAAAUUCUUGGGUAUCCGAGAACAGAGAGUAACAGGCCUUAUGAUCUUUGUGCUGAUGGGCUGCUCAGUCUUCAUGACAGCUAUAUUAAAGUUUAUCCCGAUGCCGGUACUCUACGGAGUUUUCCUCUACAUGGGAGUGUCUUCACUACAGGGAAUUCAGUUCUUUGAUCGUCUGAAGCUCUUUGGGAUGCCUGCAAAGCACCAGCCAGACUUCAUCUACCUUCGGCACGUGCCGCUGCGCAAAGUGCACCUCUUCACCCUCAUCCAGCUGACCUGCCUCAUCCUGCUUUGGGUCAUCAAGGCAUCUCCAGCUGCCAUUGUCUUUCCAAUGAUGGUUUUGGCCCUGGUCUUUGUCAGGAAAGUCAUGGAUCUCUGUUUCUCUAAGCGGGAGCUGAGCUGGUUAGAUGAUCUCAUGCCGGAAAGCAAAAAGAAGAAGUUGGAUGAUGCCAAAAAGAAGGCCAAGGAGGAAGAGGAGGCUGAGAAAAUGUUAGAAAUGGGGGGAGACAAGUUCCCCUUAGAGAGCAGGAAGUUACUAAGUAGUCCUGGAAAGAACAACAGUUUCAGAUGUGACCCCUCUGAGAUUAAUAUAUCUGAUGAAAUGCCUAAAACCACAGUCUGGAAAGCUCUCAGUAUGAAUUCUGGAAACACAAAGGAAAAGAGUCUCUUCAACUAAAAGUCUUUGCUGGGAUGGAGGAUGUGGGCCGUGAGGUGCCACAGGGAAGUUCUGGUUACAGAGAAGAUGACGAGUGUCUCCGAGAAGAAGCGAGCCCAAGUGUGGCCCUGUCCUUGGUCCUGUCGAAGCCACGCGAGCAUUCAGUUAUUGGUGGUGUGCGUCGGAGGGCACCGCCUGGUAUGAGUGUGGAAGCAGAAGACCACCUCCCGUUGGUACUUCUCCUCUUCCUUCUCUUUCUCUUCAGAACUGCCACCGCCGAAGACCCAGCUUCCCAUUUGCCAGACAUUUCCUCCGAAACCCUCUGCUGGCCUGCUGAGCCGUACGGAUCCAUUCUGCCACUGAGGAUUUCCUCGGUGAGGUCCCUCUUGCUCAAGGACAGGGUGAGGAUGUAGGAGGAGAGCAGAGAGGAAUAGGAAGCCCCUCCAGCCCCAUAGUGGCCGCGGGCUCCUGGGCAGCCCCGGGCCUUGGUCUGGUUGCCUGCUCUGGGGGAUGCUGGCGAGACCCAGAGGCCACCAGGAGGGUCUGCUCGUAGGAGGGUCAGCGCCCUGGGCCUUGGCAGUGCUCACCACCACAGCCAGAAGAUGCCUCUGGCCUGGUGCGUCUUCAUCGCUCCCUAGCAGCAGCCUGCAUAACUCAGCAAGAACCUUGGAUGAUGAAAGGGCCAAGGGGGACAUUGAAGUUGCUUAGCUCAGACAGGAAAAGGCCUGGGGGAAAAUCAGUGAUGGUGAGUGAGGAUGAACAGCUUCUCCUAACUCCACUGAUAGGGUAAGAGAACAAGCUUCAGUGGCUACAGAAGGAAUUAGUUUAGACACCAGGAAGGACUUCCUAGCCUGAAGAUUUGUCAUAGUGUCUGCUUUCUAGAUAUCUGGGAAAGGUUUGACUGUAGUCGUUUGUGAGUAGAAAAGGAGAUAAGGUGUUCUUAAUUGGCCAUGUUGUGGAAACAUCCAUGUCCUGCUGCUGUCUCUUGAGGACACACUCUGAUUCCAUUCCUGGAGAGAUCCAAGUGCUUACGUAACGUCUCCUUAGCUGCCUUAGUAGCAAACCAUCACCAACUCAAUGGACCAGACCACCUUCAUCAUCCUGGAUUUUUUUGUUGACAGAUGUUCUGACUUUCAGAUGUAAAAAGCCACAUUGGGAAAUGAACUGUAAGUGGUGAAAUUAAUUUUGGUAUUUAGUUUAAAACUAUAUUUAUGGUUUCUGUCUCCUCUUCUCUUUUGCAAUGAAUAUCGAGGGUUUGGGCUCCAUUGUGUAUAGACUUUCCCUUCCUUUGUGCACAGAAUGUGACUAGCAAGCAUGUUGGUACCCAGGGGAUCUGAUCAGUUCAGUUUCCCUCCUGGAAAAUAUUUGUACGGUGGGACCGUCCGUCGGUGUGCUCUCCUUUCAUAGGUGAAGAGUUGGCUACGUAACUUUAUUGAAUUUUGCAUUCCUUAGACUCAUAAAUAUAUUCAGGUAGUCUUACUCUAAGGACCUUUGAUACUGAAGGAAUCCUGCCUUUUUCCUAUUUCCCUAUCUCUUAGAGUCAGUCCUUUUAAUACACAGAUGAUUUUCAAAAUACUUAACAACUGGUACAGAAUGGGCACCAACCACUCAGAACGGAUGCCUGCUGUAAACAAGCAGUAUGUAUGGCCUUGCCAGUGCCUACUGGCUGAACGUCACGGGGCUUUCAACGAUUAAAAUGACAUUCCUUUGAAUUGUGGGUAUUGUUCCUGGCUUGUCUGAUUUCUACUCACAAGGCUGUUUCAGGGACAGCCUCGGCAUCCUUUCAUAUGCUGCAGACAGGAACAGGCAUGCUUCUUUGAACUAUAUGGGCAUUAAAAUCUUUGAGAGCCAAAGCUUCACAUUUUAUCACUUUAGGAUAAAUGUAAUAUUGUACCCAUCUACCUACCUAAUUUAGAAAAAUCUUAAGGCAACCUGUCAUUGGGAAAAGCUUUCUUGCUGACUUUCCCUGUCCCUCUCUGCUUCUGUGAGCUUUUUGCCUCCUUUUUCAUCUUCUCUGUUCCCUGAGGACACACACACACACACACACACACACACACACACACACACACACACACACACACACACACACACACACACACACACACACACACACACACACACACACACCCCGCUUUUCUUCCCCCAUCUUGCCCUGCCCAUCUUUUCCUGCCACUUCUGUAUAGGGAGGGUGGUGACCGCUUCACCUGCUCCCCUGGCCUCGGCGUGGCGAUGAGGAAUACGGCAGGGAAGAGUCCAUCAUGCAACAGAACUACGUGGCAGAGUCACUCAGAAAAACCUCUCUACACCCACACUGACGUCUUGUGAUGCCCUGUGCUGGCAGGCUUCCCGAGAGUGGGGAGCCGGUCUUUGUUAACUCUGUGUAGUACGCUUCCUGAGCCAGACCCUCCCAGCUUACCGCGCCUUCGGAACGUUAGCUACUUUGGAAGGCUGUGCCAGUCUUUUUAGGCUAUUAGAUUUUCUUCAAACAACAGCCAGCCUCGUUUGUGCUACAUCUCAGUGGUAGGAACCAUUCCCUACUCUUCCUCUCUUAUCUUUCCCGAGUCCCACCCAUCCCUCAGCCCCAGUCCUGGCUGCUUCCCUGCUCAGUGGCUGGUGACUAUGGGUUGCAGAGUCAAGUUGGGGGUGGGGGGGGGCGUUUAGGGUAGGAGACUGGGACUGGUGGUGGAGCAUCAGCCACGUGUAUGUACCUGUGUGUGUAUGCACGUGUGUCUACCAACAAGUGAGAGUGUAUCCAUGAGAUUUCAUUGCUGCUGCUAAACAACCUCGUGCACCUGAGCUGUGGGGACAUCAAAAGAAUAUGGUCAUUCUCCCUUCUAGCGCUUCCCCUCUCUAUUCUGAUAGAAUUGCCUGAGGGCAAAUACAGGUAGAUUAGUCUUAGAAAAAGGUGUUUAAGCUCAACAUUAAUGAGACACUGAUUUAGGGGUAGAAAGCAGGUAGUUAGGUAAUUCCCAUGCCCAGGCUUGCUUGGGCCAGAGAAGUAGUCCACCUCUUUUCUGACAAGGGUAAAUUCAGGAGUCGUUUGAGUGUUGGCAGGGCAAUGCCUGAUAGGCUAGCAGUGUAGAGGAGGAAGGGAGGGAGGCCGGAGAUUUAAGAAAAUGAUGGUGAGUGGACUCUUGCUUCUAAACAGAAGAACUGGCAUCACUAAGUGGGUGGGUUACGUCCUAGCCCAUGACUUAUGGAAGGGGUUGGUUUAGAUAGGAGGUGAAGGCCAGCAGAAAUAUGCUGUGAAAUUGCUCAGCACGUCUGGUUGCAGGAAAUGCAGGCUAGUUCUCUGUAGCUGUAUAUGAUUUCAAACUUCUGAUAAUGGGAUUGUCAAGAGAGCUGGUCUUUACUGCACACAGCUCCUAUCCCCCUUCUCCUUGUUGGUAUAAAUUUGCCUUUGGGGUAGAGAACCAUAUAUUUUCAAAAGACGUUAUAAAUGUUGCUAUUUCUAUUUGUCUGAGAUGUGUCUGGCUUUUAAAUUAGUCAUAAAUGUUUGAUAAAAAUCUGGCAUAUGCUAAGUCUUAGGUUUUGUUGACAUAUCAGGCUGACAAGAGGUCAGACCUUCAGAGGUCUCUGGUUUGGGGAAUCUGGUUUCCGGUCAUUCAAAAAAACACAAUUCCCAGUUCGACUUUAUUUUCUACCUACUCAGUGCUCUAGUCUUCUCUCUUAAUAGAGGAAUCAGUAAUUCUCCCUGCAGCUUCUCUGUCAACUUCAGUGUCCACGUUUGGAGUCUCCACAUUUUCCUGAUGCGUAGGAGAAGGCUUGAGCCCAGGACCCGUGGCUUUCAUUUUAAGCAGCGUCAGACAUGCUAUUAAGUAUGUUCUCUCUGCUACUUAAUCAGCUUCUCUAAGUGUCUUCUUUUGCUGGAGAGUUAGUGCCACCUUCUUACACCUUCCUCAGACUUCUCAGGUUCCCAAGCCAUAUCCUGGCAGGACAUUCAACAUGCAUCGGAUGUUCUCAGGCUUCUUGACUUUCUUUUGGUUGCAGCUGCCAGGACUCCUAAGGUAGAAAUCCUUCCUGUCGGCCCUGACUGGCCAAAUGAGACAGCGUCUAAGCUCUUCCCCCUUGUACUGACUCAGCUUUUUCACAUACUCCUUCCCGUCCUUUCUGCCUUUUCCUCAGUCUGUCAAGUUUUCCUUGGAGGGAAGAAGUACUUGGUCAGAGGUCCUAACCACCACGGCCAGUUAGGGCUGGUGAGAGGGGGAGGAGGCUGGACGGUUCUGGGGCUUCUCAAAAAGGUGAGACUUACGGUUAUUUGCCUUAUUUAGGGUGAGGGACUAAGGAUUCUCAAGCCCUCAGGGUCAUCCAUAUUUCGGUGUAAAUAGAAAAAGACAUUCCAAAACCAAAUAGAAGGGAUUUUUCUGCCAAUCUACUCCUUGUUUUUGGCGGUACGCUGGCCUCUCACUGUUGUGGCCUCUCCCGUUGCGGAGCACAGGCUCCGGACGCGCAGGCUCAGCGGCCAUGGCUCACGGGCCCAGCCGCUCCGCGGCAUGUGGGAUCUUCCCGGACCGGGGCACGAACCCGUGUCCCCUGCAUCGGCAGGCGGACUCUCAACCACUGCGCCACCAGGGAAGCCCAAAUCUCCUCUUUAUAAUUCUUGGUGCCCUUGGGGUCUUGCAUUAAUUAUAGAGAAUGGGUAGCUGACUCAGCUCACAUUUCUUUAUCGGAAAGGAGGCUGAUCUUCACCACCAAAAGAGGUGUGAAGUAACUAUAUGAUUGCCUGAAGCUUGGAAAGAGGAAAGGAGUGUCACGUGAAUCUUUUCAAGAGGAAAAUUCAGAAAGUGGCAUGAUUCAUCCAUUAAGCAUAAUUCUUUUAGAAGAUUCUGUGCUCAAAGGGAAUGGAAUGGUUUCUGAUCCUUCUGGAAAGAAAAAGAAUAGCAUUUUCUUUAACCCACUUUCAGCAUUGGAGAAUACAGAAGUUUUCUUCUAGCUGAUGGCAUUAAUAUUUCUGAGAGCGAGCCCACUCACAGCCCUUUCCCGAGCCCAGCAGAAAUCAGCAGAGCUUGGGUUCUCUUAGCAGGUUUGCAGUUGACUCCAACAUGCAGGUUUUUCACAUGUGCAAUAAUGUUGGAAACAGAAGUACCAAACUGAAUAUGCAAUUAACUCCUUUUGCAAAAGAGGCCAGAAUCCUCCUCCCCAUGCCUCUCUCCCAUAUUCACUCCUCCAAGACGAUAAGCCUCCCCCUCGUUGAUCUGUGUCUGUCUGUCUGAUUGGUUAGAUACGGCUGCCCUCCCAAGCACAUGGUGUCAGGUGGAGAGCAGAGCGACCUUCCCACGGAAGGGGACGGCUUGAGGUGCUGGUACAUUUCCCUCGUUUUCUGUGUUCUUUCUAGUAGGUCUCCUGUAGAGAUAGAGAUAUUUUUGUUUUAGAGAUUCCAAAGUAUAUAUUUUUGGUGUAAGAAAUGUACCCUCUCCACACUCCCUGGUGUAAAUAGGACUGAGAACAAAUGCGUUGCCGUGAUAAUUCCAUAGCGAUCUGCGGUAGGGGUGGGACCCCUGUCCCUCACCACCGAGUCUCACGGCCUGUGUCUGUGAACCAGGGGAGGUGAUGGUGACGCCUCUGCCUGCCCAGACCUUCCUGUGCUCAAUGGGUGAAAAAUAAAGUCUGUGUAACUGUU